AUGUCACAUCUUACCACCGAGGCAAAAGCUGCCGUAAAAGCGAACUUGGAGCUCGAGCUGAAAGCGCGAGGAGAGAAACUCGUUGCGAUGUGCGAGGCUCAGGUCGCGAGUCUUCGAUCCCGUCUGGAACGACGCGUCAACCGCAUACCUAACAGCAAGCGCGACAUGAGCCUCGUAGAAUUGCUUGAUCCAUCUACCAAUGGUCCCGCUAAGACCGCGAAACCCUCGCCAGCGAAGAGAGACCUUGCGCCAGCUGCCGCCCACGCGCCAGUACCUGCUCGUACUGCUACACAGCUAGCCGCACGUAAGACCAGAGCAGCGCCUGCGAAAGCCGCACCAAAGCCUGCUCCGAAAGCGACAACUCGUGGCAAGAAGCGCCCAUCAGAUGAUGGCGAUAAGGAAAACGAAGAGCUCAGCGUGCCGAAGAAACGCGUCAAGGCCGCGACCAAGCCAGCAGCACCGGCGCCGGUACCAGCUGCGCGUAGCACUCGGGCUGCUUCCAAGAAAGGUGCUCCACCAGCAGCGCCCCAGGUCCUUUCGCCGAGGCCUACCAACAGCCGGCCUGCCACCCGUACACGUCGUGCGCGAUGA